CUCAGUGGUACCAAGUCGUGCAGUGUUGUAAAAUGGCCCCAACCCCAUACAUGGACGAACCCAUCUCCCGGACCUACCAGUACCGGAAGGUCAUGAAGCCGAUGUUGGAGCGGAAACGUCGCGCCCGCAUCAACCGGUGUCUAGACGAACUCAAGGAGUUGAUGGUGACAGCCCUCCAGAGCGAAGGCGAGAACGUCUCCAAGUUGGAAAAAGCCGAUAUUUUGGAAUUGACAGUGCGCCACCUCCAUGGCUUGAAGCGCCAACACCAGCUGGUGAUCCCCCCAGAAGGAUACGCCGACCGAUUCCGCGCCGGUUUCACGCAAUGUGCGCAGGAAGUGUCGCAGUUUUUGACCACGCCGUCCGAAACGGUGGACGCCGUCGCCGGGAGGAAGCUCCUCCAGCACCUGGGGGCCUGCGUCAGACAGUUGGAGUGCGCGCAAGUGUAUACGCCGCCGGCGUCGCCGCAAGUGAAGGCCUCCAUGUGGAGGCCGUGGUGAUGAUUCACAGUUGGACUUCAAUGACUUUAGCUUUAAUACUGUGAUAGUAGGGUAGAUUUUUAGGGCGAAAAAGGUAGAUUCGUACCUGAGUGUGAUAUUUGACUAAUUUGUAUUUCCUCACAAAUGCAAUCUUUAUAAUUAAUUAAAAUAAAUCAUUUUU